GCAACUCAAGAGAUUUACAAGAAAAAAGGGCACCUAAGAAUAAAGAUCAAGAAUCCCAUCUUCUAUCAAAUAAGCGAACACGGUUAGUAGCGGCAGAGAAAGGAGAUGGAAUCGGCGGGGGAGUGGCUGGAGAAGGCGUUGGUGGAGUUGUGCUCCAAGAUUGAAACUGGCUUGGGUUUAGGUUUGGACCAAGACAUCAUCAAAGGCCUCGUGUCUUACUGUGACCUUGCCGAGCCACGAGAUGCCAAAGAGUACCUUGACAAUAUAAUCGGUCAGGAUGCAGGGAAAACUGUGAUUGAAGAAUAUUUACGACGGAGAGGUUACUCAGAAUCCAGCAUCGGCUCAAAUGUUCCAACUACCAAAUUACAUGCGUAUGUCAAACCGCCUUCAGUUGAGACAUCUGCUAGUGGAACUAAGAAAUCAUUUAAAACACCGAAAGUGGCAGGCCGCGGUAAUCAUGCAGAACCCAACAAGAAUGCGAGUAGCAGUAAUCAGGAAAAUCAGACUCCAACUGUAGUUAGUGAAUCAAAAACAUCGCAAAAGGGGAACCAAGUGAAUUCCAAGAAGAAGAAAGCCGGGAAAGUUGUCUCACUUGCUGAGGCUGCCAAAGGAUCCAUUGUGUUCCAGCAGGGAAGACCAUGCUCCUGUCAAGCACGUCGUCACAGGCUGGUCAGCAACUGCUUAUCUUGUGGCAAAAUAGUCUGUGAACAAGAAGGAGAGGGGCCUUGCCAUUUUUGUGGUGCACUUGUGUUAAGAGAGGGCAGCUCGUAUGCUGGUCUGGAAGAAAGUUUGCCUCCCUUGUCAGAGUCUGAGGCUGUUGCUGAAGCUUAUGCAAAGAGACUGGUUGAAUAUGACCGAAACUCUGCAGCUCGUACAACAGUUAUUGAUGACCAAAGUGACUACUAUGAGAUUGAUGGAAACAGUUGGUUGUCAAAGGAGGAGAAAGAACUGUUGAAGAAGAAACAAGAGGAGAUGGAAGAAGCUGAGAAAGCCAAACGUAAUAGAGUUGUUGUGACUUUUGAUCUAGUUGGCCGCAAGGUCCUUGUAAAUAAAGAUGAAGCUUCAGAAUUACAGUUUGAAAAUAGAAUAUUGCGUCCUCCGGAUGCAAGGGAAGUGAACCGUAUCAAACCAAAUCCAACUCUAACGUUUCAACCUGUUUUUGUGGACCUGGGCUUUGGUAGGAAAUCCACUAAAGAUAAGCAAUCACAUAAAGGCAUAAGCAAGGGCUUGUGCUUGGAGAUUACAGGGCGAGUGCAGCAUGAUAGAAAUGACCAGAAGUAUGUUAUGAUGGAAAACCAAUUGGCAACAGCUUCAAAUGAAAAUGUUUGGCAAGUAUCUUCAGGAAAUGGAAUGCACAUCAUGGAAGAUGAUGGUCAAUGUUUACUGAACUAUGAUAAGUAAAGUGCCUUAUCCAGCUUUUAGCGAUUACUGUUACAUUCUUCAUUUGCUUUCUCCCAUUUUCUUUUUGAUUUGCGCGUCUAAGCCAUGAAAUUGAUGGUCCUAAUUACUUUUUUCAGAAAGAAAGUUAAGAAUUUUAGGCAGCGCUAUUUUUGUUUAUACACUGCUCAGAUAUUAAAUAUCAGUCAACUACUAUUAUCUAUUUGUAUUUAUGUUUUACAGUGAUUGGUUUAAUGUAACUUCAGGUUUUCCCUUGCCUUCCA